GGGGGGAAACCAGCGCGGUGUGCCUACUUGAGCGAACAGUGAAGAAGCGAAGGGCGCAAGUACAACAACAGGCCGGGUGGUGUUAGCACUGACUCGACAUGUCACGACAUUAUUGUUGAGUGUGGCUCGGGAACAACCGAGCUUACCCCCCCGACCGUACACACACCCGGGAGCGGCGCUAAUUCGGCAGCCACGCCCCGUAAGCCAGCGACUGGAGAGCCCCCUCCCCUCCGAAUACAACUGCUGGCGGCGAGGAAGCGAGGCUGCUCUCUCGGGGAACCAUGAGGGAGUACAAAGUGGUGGUCCUCGGCUCCGGAGGAGUCGGCAAAUCCGCGCUGACUGUCCAGUUUGUGACGGGGUCCUUCAUCGAGAAGUACGACCCUACGAUAGAGGAUUUCUACCGGAAGGAGAUCGAGGUGGACUCUUCGCCGUCCGUCCUGGAGAUCCUGGACACGGCAGGCACCGAGCAGUUCGCCUCCAUGCGAGACUUGUACAUCAAAAACGGCCAGGGCUUCAUCCUGGUCUACAGCCUGGUCAACCAGCAGAGCUUCCAGGAUAUCAAGCCCAUGCGGGACCAGAUCAUUCGGGUGAAACGGUACGAGAGGGUGCCCAUGAUCCUGGUGGGCAACAAAGUGGACCUGGAGGGGGAACGGGAGGUGUCGUCCGGCGAAGGCAAGGCGCUGGCGGACGAAUGGAACUGUCCCUUCAUGGAGACCUCGGCCAAGAACAAGACUUCGGUGGACGAGCUUUUCGCCGAGAUAGUCCGCCAGAUGAACUAUGCGUCCACGCCGAAUGGCGACGACCAGUGUUGUUCAUCCUGUGUCAUCUUGUAAAGGAAACUUUGGCGUCUUGCUCGCUUUUUUUUUUUUUGCAAUGUGUGUUGCAGCAAGUGUGUCUUGUUGGCGUCUCAGCCUGACCUCGGAGGAAAAAUGAAGAGGAAUGCUGCAGGGGGAACAAGACGAGGAGGAAGAGGGGAGGGGUCCAUCCACUCUUCAGGAAUUCUGCUGGGUCAGAGAAUCUUUGCGGCGUGGUCCACAGUUGAGGUCUGAUCCAACCAGUUCUAGACCAUCAGGGAACUCAAAAUUCUUCCCUCAAGCACGACGCAACGAACAUUCAAAGGCGAUGGGGGGGGAGGGGGAAAGACUUUGAAAAUAUAUUUUGUUAAUAACCACACUCAAACCUGGACGGGGUACAAAGAGUGUUUUUGUUCCAAAGUCUAACAAGUUGGUGGUGGAUUAACGCAACAACUCUCUUCUUGUUACAAGGAGAUCUUAACGGACUUGGCGUGAGGACCACCGCCUCGUGUCCAGUGCCUUUUUAAUUUUUUUUUGAUCCCACCUCCCCAACACACUUCAACUGUUCCUGUUUAGUGCCAACACACCUCGGCGUGGCAUUAGAGGUGUUCUGUACAAGGACUGGUGCUCUUCUGUACGUUUGGGUCUUUUUGUUUUGGUUUUCUCCUUUGAGUUGACGGUGUUUAGUGCCGCGUCCAGUCUUGAAACGCACAGGUACUGGAACCAUUACGACAAAGGCACCCGACCCACUUGCAGAGCUCUUCAAUCAAUGUUUGAUUUUGUUGGACAAGUGAUGAUGAUGAUAAUAAUGUACAUGGUGUUGACAAAUCUAAUCCUGAUUGUAAAGUGAAUUUUGGACCAGCCUUUUAACUGUGGCCGGUCUGUUUUUAAAAAAA